AGAUAUAAUUCGAUAAGUUUAUACGUUGGAAUAUACGCAAAACUAUUUCGUUCAAGAUCCAAGUCUUCCUCAAAGCAUUGUAAAUUGUCGAUCACUUCGAUUCGGUUUAUUGUUUUGGCAUUUACCCCCUUUGCGCGGUCUUAGGACCUCAACAUCACCACCCUUUUAUUAGGAAUCUUCCUCAAGUUCGGUUGAAGAUGCAGUACGUUCGGAAUAUCAGCGACUCGGUUUCCACCGCUUGGAAUUCGAUCAAUCCGGCCACAUUGAGCGGAGCAAUCGACGUGAUCGUGGUCCAGCAUGAAGAUGGUACCUUGUGCUGUUCUCCUUUUCACGUCCGCUUCGGCAAGUUCUCGUUACUGCGACCCUACGAGAAGAAAGUCGAGUUCAGGGUGAACGGGAUCAAGCAGAAUUAUGCUAUGAAACUGGGCGAAGGAGGCGAGGCCUUCUUCGUAUUCGAGACGAACGAUACUAUUCCCCAAAGCCUACAAACCUCGCCCCUUAGCUCCCCAGCUUCUAGCCCCCCGCUUAGGCCCGAUAGAUCCUACUCAUCCAACGAUCUACAAGAACCGGAGUUCCUACAGCUAGAUGACGAUACUAGGAACUCACGAUCCAUGUCUGUGUCACGACCUAAGCCUACCGUCCUCCCGUCUCAAUCACCUCGUCCAGGCGUGAUUGAACCUAUUGCAUCAUCACCUGAGCUAGGUGGUGGACGGCCGACUUCAAGGGGUUGGCCUAAUUCCCCGACUCGACCAUCUCACAGUGACGAAUCAUUGCCAACGACCGCUCAGGUAUAUACCGACAACGAUGACUCGAAGGACGAAGAAUAUGACCCUGAUAGCACAAUAUCUAUGAGUCAAAGAUCGCGUAGUCCGCCUCCUUUGGCGCCUCGGGAAGCUAUUCAACGAGCCUUGACUCUAUCUAAGGAGCUCGAAGCUGUCAACAUUCCAAGUCGAGUAACUGAGACGGGCGACCUAAUGCUAGACAUGACCGGGUAUAAGGCGAGUGAAGAGGACGCGAUAAAGGCAGAAAUCCUAGCUCGCAAGAUACUGGCAGAAGAACUUGAGGGCGAUUAUGACAUUGGCGCAUUGUUUGGCAUGGACGAAGAAGGGAACCUUUGGAUAUAUAGCAGCGAGGAUGCGAAGGAAGCUGCAAUGAAGAAGACGGUAGCAGCACUUAGACCAUCGCCCACGCUUGCGAUCGAUGCGGCAUCGGAUCCCGGGUACCAAAGCGACGACUCAACAACGUCAACACAGGAGCCUUCCCACAGAAGAAGCGAAUCCGACGUUGGGCACAGUUCGAUCCAAACUCCGCCAACAACUCCAGGAUCAUCCUCAGUUGGAAAUCCGAACAGGAAUUACGCUAAGACCCUCCGAUUGACUAGUGAUCAGCUGAAGGCACUUAACUUAAAACCUGGGGAGAACUCGAUGAGCUUUACUGUGAAUCGUGCGACAUGCCAGGCAUAUAUGUACCUCUGGAAGCAUGACACGCCUGUUGUCAUUUCGGAUAUUGACGGCACUAUCACGAAAUCAGACGCGUUGGGUCAUGUGUUAAACAUGAUCGGGAGAGACUGGACACAUGCUGGUGUUGCCAAGCUCUACAGCGAUAUUGUUGAAAAUGGGUACAACAUUAUGUACCUCACAAGUCGCUCAGUCGGGCAGGCCGAUACCACGCGCGCGUAUCUAUAUGGUAUCACCCAAGACGGCUACCGCUUGCCCAGAGGCCCAACCAUUUUGUCACCUGAUCGGACUAUGGCCGCGUUGAGGCGAGAAAUUUAUCUGCGUAAACCGCAUGUGUUCAAGAUGGCAACUCUACGGGAUAUUAGGAGUUUAUACGACCCUGACAAUCAUUGCUUCUACGCAGGUUUUGGUAACCGCCUUACAGAUCAGAUUUCGUACCGGACUGUCGACGUCCCUCGAACUCGUAUCUUCACCAUCAACUCCAAUGCCGAGGUCUCGCUGGACUUGCUGAGUCUCAAUAAGUUGAAGCUCAGUUACAUCAACAUGACUGAAGUCGUAAACCACUUCUUUCCUCCUGUCAGCACACUAGUCAAGGGCGGCGGCGUCGACUUCACAGACUUUACGUACUGGAGAGAUAUGCCGUUAGAAUUAAAUGAAUUCUCGGCUAGCGAGUCCGAUGGUGAUGUGGACGAGAGCGACGCGGACGAGGAGGAAGAUGAAGAUGUAGGGCAGAUGGGUGACAGUUAUCUCUCUAGAGGCGAUGAUGACGAAGAGUACGAAGAUCCCGAUGCCGGGGACAGCAUCUUGAGUGGCGAGUACGAAGGGGAAGAGAACAUGAUGAUUGAGGAAGAUGGGUCCGAUGCUGAUGAUGAAGAAGGUGAUGAGGAAGGCGACCUUGAAGACGAAGAGGACGAAGUGGAGAAGGACGCGUCUGUUGCUCCCUACGUCCCCAGUUCUGCGAGUCGGCCUCCAGAGGCUGUCCGCGAUGUCGAUGCCGAACUUAUUACCGGUAUGAGAAAUCUCGGUAUUGAUAAGGAAAUGAAGGAGACAACGAGAACAUAAGGCAAUAAUAGGAUCAGUUCAAAGGACAAGCGGCCUACGUGGUGAUACAUGAUUUAACAUCAAAAGUCACAGCCGC